AAUAUUCAAAACACAAUUUAGUCAUAUUUAUACAAAAUAUUAAUUAAUAUUUCUUCAUAUUCUGUGAAACUAAACAACAGACAAAAUGAGUUGGGCGUUGUUGGAGAAGAUGCUGGCUGAUGUAGCCACGCAUUCAACAUUAAUCGGAAAAUAUUGGUUUUCCUUUCUAUUUGUCUUCAGGGUGAUUACAGUUUUGAGUGUCGGUGAUAAGGUAUACGGCGAUGAACAGUCUCGAUUUAUAUGCAAUACUUUACAACCAGGCUGUGAUAAUGUUUGUUUCAACAGAUUCAGUCCAAUCUCACACAUUCGAUUCUGGGCUAUGCAGAUAUUACUGGUUUCCUUGCCUAGUGUGAUCUUCAUUGUGUGGGCGAUGCAUUCUCUCAACAAAGUUCAACUGAAAAAAGACAAAUUAGAAAAAGAAAUGAACCAAGUGGAAGCCGCCACCGAUCCAAUGGCAAAAGAUCCAGCAAUGAAAAAUUCGGCCCGAAACCGAUUUAGCGAUCAACCACCAAAAUAUAAUGGAGAAACAGAAAAGAAAUCAGUUAGUCACAAUCCAAAAAAUCCGAAGGACAAAAAAGCAAGCCGACGUUCUGCGACCGCAACAAACAACUUAUUGCCAAUGGCUGAAAUAAUUCCAGUAAGAGCCGUAGCACCAAAGAAAAUUAAAGAACCACCUAUCCUAACAGGAUAUGUUCUUCAAGUCAUUUUCCGUAUGGCAAUUGAAAUUACAUUCAUCGUGCUUCAAUACAUUUUGUUUCAAACUCAAGUCCCAGAAAUGUACCGUUGCGAGAGAUAUCCGUGUCCUGCCAUUGUAGAAUGCUUCAUUUCAAGGCCAAUGGAAAAGACAAUCUUCAUGCUAUUCAUGUAUGCAAUUGCUGGAACUUGUGUUCUGCUGGAUAUUGUGGAACUCAAAUACUUAGGGUUUCAAAAGAUUCGUCACUGUCUUAGUGGGUCCAAAAAAGGAGGAUAUUUGGAUGACUUUGAAGGACGCUGGCACAACGAUCAAAUCCUUGGAGGAAGAUUCGACAUUGUCGGUAGAGGCAGGGGGUUGAGACGUCAUAGAGACAUGAGCAUUACUGAUCCCGAGAGUGGUGGAGCAUAUGAUAGUAUUGAAACAUCUGAUGAUGGAAGCGGAUUCGAGUAAAUCGUUAAAACAGGUAGUAAAAGAGUAAGAGAUGGUGAAAGGAACAUAAAUAUGAUCAUAAGAUCAUGCUGCUCCAAAUACGCAGCCAAAUAAAAUAUUAUCUUAAAACUGCUGCAUUUUAAGUAUUUCAUACUUGAUUAGAUGCCAUCAUGGGAGCAUGCCGUUACAUAUCUGUUGGCUGACAGAAUAAUGAAUAGCCUAUUUUGCAACAUAUUCGUCAGUGUUUACACGACCACAACAUCUGUAGGAUGACCUUAGAACGUAACACACACACACACAAACAUUCUUGUUGAGUGCAGUAAAACAGUAAGAUAUAUACAGCCUACAUACGGUUUAUUUCUAUAACUUGAACUUGUGUCAAAUACACCACGAUUUAUAUUUUUAUUUAUACCGAUACUAAUUUUUGUGAAUCCCUAAUAUCGAGUUUGUUUUUCUGGUUUCAAAAUGUUUUUAACACGUUGCACUGAUUCAUUUAUUGCCCAUAUUUGUUAUCCAAUUAUCGUUUUAUACAUCACAUGAUUCAAAAUGGAAGAUACAAAAUAUUAUAAAAGUUUCAAUUAAUUACAAUAGUUAGGCUGAAGCACCAUUUUGGAUUAGAUCCAAUCAUUUGUAAAUAUUCGUAAUUUAGUCAAAAUAUUCUCUUUUUCUUUGUUUUAUUUUUCUAUUAUUUGUGAGUUUUAUGCCAAACAUUUGUCAAAUAUGAACAGCGGUGAUCAGUUUUAUAUAAACAGCCGAUGAAAAAUGGACAAACGAUUUAAAAAGGGCAAGAAAUAAGUUUUGAAACUCUCUUUGCCGGUAUGCGGGACUGUAAUUACUGGUUUUUCAUUAGAUGAAAAAGUUAUAGGCCACAGAAAUUUUGAGCAACGAAAAUGGGACACAUAAGAAAAAAGGAUGAGAACCAAUGCACUAAAUGCCGCAUGGGUUAUAUAACUUUAAUUUACUUACAUAUUUUAAUGAUUUAUUUUUCUUGAGGUGGCAACAUUGUGAAUAUUGCUGUUUUGUUAUAUUUCGCGGUAAACUAGGCUGCUCUCAGUUUUCUGCAUUGUAAUUUAUGUUAUUUGGUGAUUCAAUUUUCUCGUUUAUCCCAGCUCUUUCCCCGAAAAAUGUUCCUUAGUUUUAAGUCAAACCAAACAGCCCGUAUAUAACUAUAUGUACUAUUGGGUAUUGUUUAUUAUACCAAAAUUGCUUAGCAUGUUAACGAGCUAAUGAUCAAUUGUAAAUAAAUACAGAAAGAGAGUA